AAAAUCAGAGUCAACUGAAGCUUUUUAAUCAGCGCUAUUUCGCUCUCCCAACUCGGUCUCGAUCCUCGUGCCUGGAAACCCAACUCCGCGUCCUCACCCACAUCCCCCCACAGCAGACACUUCCGCACACCAUCUCGCCCCGGUCCCUGUCGCGUACUUGCCAUCUUUGCCUCUGGCUGCUUGGUCUUUCUAACAAUGCCGUUGGCGAUGACGACCUGUCAUGCUGCGUCGCUUCUAGGCCAACGGCGAAUCCUCGCGGCGGCGCUGCUUAUCGCGCACUCGCCUCUCCUCUCCUACGCUAUCUGCCCACCUCUCCACACCCACGACCACAGCCGCUCCCUUUCCCGACCUUUACAAUCUACAGCCACCCUUCCAAGCACAUUUUUCUCCGCCCGCCACUUCUCCCACUCCGCCGCCCAGCAUGCCGUCGACGCGGGCGGCAACCCCUCCGAUCACGGUUACAUCGCCUGGCCGACGAAGCCGAAUCCGACCCCCUACGAUAUCUUUGGAAUGACGAGCCAGACCUUCGACACCAGCGACCUCAAGCGCCGGUUUCGCAUCAUGGCGAAGCAGUACCACCCCGACACCGCCAAGCAGAUGGACUCGGACUCAGACUCGGCGCGCGCAGCAAAGAAGAUCAUCCGCGACCGCUUCCACCGCAUCGUGGCCGCGUACCAAUUACUAGGCGACGGCGCGAGUCGCAAGGCGUACGAUGUCUUUGGCAAGGGCUGGAACUACGCGAACGCGGACCCGGUCCCGGCGCCGCCGCGGCAGCCGGCUGCGAAGCCGAAAUAUAAGCCGUACCGGCAUGACCCGUUCAGGAAGGAACGCAUGUGGACCUCUGGCCAGUUCUACUACCCGAAUCAUUCAUACGAACAGACGUGGCCGAAAGACUCGGACUCAUCACAGAGCAGCAGCAGCAGCAGCAGCACAUCCGGAUCGACCACGCAGAAAAGCGCAAAGAUCGAUCAUGAGAAAAACGUGCGCACGCUGAUGUGGAUCAUUCUCGGCGUGACGAUAUUCACGUUCCUGCAAAGCCUGCGGAUUAUAACCUGGUCGGCGUACGACCAAGGACUCCCGCCUUCCGCGUUUGCGUCCUCGACGCCGUCGCAUGAGGUGCUCACGAAGUUCACCGGUAUCGAUCCUGACGGGGCGAAUCUUCCCGAAACCCUCUUCCCCGAGUCGACUACCGCUGCUGCUGCUGAUGGUACUGCGCCGCGACGAUCCCGCAAGGACCGGCUCACGGCUGCGACUCCGAAGGAGCGCAGGGUUCUCACCCGGAUCCGCACGACGCUCGAAAGCCUGCACGCCCAAGCCGCCGCGGACGGGAUCGAUCGGGAGUCCGAGGGCUUCACGAGGCUCGAGGAGCGAUUCUUGGAUAAAUCCCGCAUCGCGGUGAUGUCGGAGCGGUAUCCGGGCGCGGCGUUGAGGAGUUUAGAUCGGAUAGAGAAUACGUUGAGGAACGAGUAUAAUGCUUUGAAAGGGAGGAUGCUGGUGGGACCGCUGGUCGAGGAUGAUCCGCUGUCGUCUACUUCUGAGCAGGCGCCGAGUAGCUCUUCUACAAAGUCUGCAGUGGCUUGAGAUUUUGAUUAUUUUCUUUUGAUUGUUUAUGUUCUUUCUUAAUUCACGGAGUUGUGCAGCGCACUUUUAAUUCUACUUAAAAUCUCUUUAUCCAGCGAAUCU